AGGAAAUAUUACUGGAAAAUGUAGAACUUAUUCUCGAGGCCUUUGACUAUCUGCAGUUGCCUUUUGCUUUAAAGAGUGGCAAGGUUGGGAAAUUGAGCAUCAAGAUUCCAUGGAAAAAGCUUGGAUGGGACCCUAUCAUAGUUGUGUUGGAAGAUGUCUUUAUCUGUGCUUGCCAACGAGAGGAGAGUGAGUGGAGUUCAGAUUCAAUUGAUAGAAGAGAAUUAGCUGGAAAAUUGGCAAAGCUUAACGCAAUUGAGCUUGCAAAGUUUUCGAGAAGAGUAUCUGAUAAUCAAACUGGCCAGUCAUUCAUUUCUUACGUUUCUGCAAAGAUUCUUGACAACAUCCAAGUUUCAAUCCAAAAUGUUCACAUCAUAUACAUCGAUUCUCAUGAAGAUCAGGAAAACUUUAUAUUUGGUUUGAGGUUCUCUACUCUAACAAUAACGACGGACACCCGCAAGCUUGUUUUUUCUAUGUCAUCAAUUGGGAGAUCAAGAGUUGGCCAAGUCAAUAAGAUUGUUGUGAUCUCUACUGUUGAAUUCUACUGUAAACGGCUUGAAGAACACAAUUUUUUCAGUAUUGAUGAUCUCACCGAGUCUCAGCUAUGUUGCAAUUUGGACCAUGAAAGAGAGGACUACAUCAUAAACCCUUUUGAUGUAUUGGUGUCUGUGCGAGCUAAUAAAUCUGGGAUGGUUGAUGGUGGUAUACCUCAAUAUGAUAUUACUGUUGAGCUAAGUGAUUUGGUUCUAUCGUUGAACGAAAUUCAGUUACGACAAAUUUUUGGCCUUUGGGAUUACUUCACUAUUUGUGGACUUCGAAAGAAAUAUGGGCGUUACCGUCCAUCUCAAAGCUCUUUAUCGAAGAAAGUUGAAGGAUGGCAGAUAUUGUGGUGGCAUUAUGCACAACAAGCUAUUUUAGCAGAUGUUCGUCAAAGAUUAAGAAGAAUUUCAUGGAGUAAUCUUGGUCAGAGAUUAAACUACCGUCGGAGGUACAUCGAUUUGUAUAGGAGAAAGCUGGAACUACUACAAAAUGAGCAGGUUGUCAGCAAAGAUAUCCUGCAAGAGCUAGAAAAGAUGGAUAAAGAGUGUGACAUUGAUGAUAUUCUGAGCUACAGAUCUUUUGCUGAGCGACAACUGCAGGAUCUUUUGUUAAAAUCAAAAUCUUCUACUUCCGGAGCAAACAAUAUUAUGUCUUCUCAAGAAAAGAACCAGAAUGAUGAACAAUCUGCGAGUAGAGCACGCCGGUGGUUAAACUGGUUAUCUCUUGGCAUGCUUGGAGCUGGCGGAACAGCCGACACUAGUUCGUUUGCUGGUGUCGUUUCAGAUGAAAUUAUUAAGGAUGUGUAACCAAAAAAUUGCUGAAGUACAGUUCAGUGGACUUGGUAUUGAAUGUGAAUUUUUGAAAGAUUCGGCUGCUAUUCUUGCCUCGAUUGAUUCUGUUAAGAUAGCCAACCCUGUGAAUGAUAAU